AUGGGACUGAAAUGCUACGCCAUUUGCGCGUCCGCACUGAUGCUUCACCUGUCGGUGCGCUGCGUUUCGAAAAGUGAAGACCUGUUUAACCCCGGUUUAUACACCAGUAAUGUUGACACCUCAGAAAAGGAACACUUAAUAAAUUACCUAGGAAUGACGUACGACAUUAUUAGGGGAAACCCGUUGGGAGAUCCUCUAUACGCGUUAGACAUGGGGUACAGAAGGUAUGUCCUAAGGAAUAAGCUAAGCACAAGGAGUGAUCGGGAAGGUGAAGAAAGUGAGCACCCUUUAACAGAGGAUCAAAGGGGCAAUCAGGAUGGCUUAUCUUACACAGCCUACAAGAGGACGAACGUGAAAUGCUCAAGCGGUAAGGAGAUACACAUAAUUAACGAAUUAGACGACAUCAAUAAGGAAUAUAAUAGUUACAAUUUCGAAGCGCAGUAUGAUAUUCACCCUUUUAACGCAUCGAAUUAUUACAAAAUGCUGGUAGGAAGAAUUAACAAGGGAGAUUCCAUAAUCCUGCAGAAAGAAAUUUGUGUAAAGUAUUUGUUCUCUUUAUCAGAAAGGAGGGACGAUAUGCUGGACCCGUUCUUUCUAAACAUGUUGGAUGAACUGGGGAAGAAUUACCAAAACAUCGGGGGGGACAAGUACAAAUGCAAUCUGCAAUCUUACAGGAAUAAUAAAUAUAGCGAGGAAUGCCUUAAAACGGUUACGCCCUGGAUGACAUUCUUCAAUUUGUAUGGAACGCACUUCAUAUCGGGGGUUUACUACGGGGGGAGGGUGAUAAAUAAUUUGUUUGUAGAGAAUGACUAUCUGACAGAGGGUGGUAGAAAAAUUCGUCUGUACACGAAACGGUUGAACCUGUUUGGCGGUGCGAGCAGAGGGGGGCACCACCGUGGCAUUUUGUUCUUCGGCUCGGUUAUAUCGAGUGAAAAAGUCAGGCAUAUAGCUGAACGGAUCGUCAUGGUGGAAGGGGGUAGCGAAGCAGAAGUGGCACCCUUUGCGCAAACUGGAGAAAACAACCCUCACGGAAGAAAAAACGGCACAACAAAAAUUUCACACAAAAAAUGGAAAAAUUCUAUCAAAGGAAGUUCUGCAAAGCCUGUAAAGCUAAUUUUGAUACCCUUCUCCGAUUUUAUAGAAUCAGCUGAUGAAAAAAAUGCCUACUAUAAAGCCUUGGAGUUCUACUCAAAUUUGACCUAUGCCAAUUACAACCCAUACCCCUUUCAGUUGAACAGAAGCGAAAAGGAUCUCUACAAGAUGCACAUAAAGAGGUGGAAUCAAUAUAUAGACAAAAAUAUAAAUUUCAAUGUUAUGCCUAAGUGUAAGACGGGGGAGAAAAUCCUUAGCGGGUUCAUCAUUACAAAUAAAAAAAGGCUUUAUGAUGAUAAUAACGUGAUGCACGUAUGUCCACUAUCUACAGAAUGUUCCAGUGGCAUAAACAUCGAAUCAGACAAAAGUUUUGAAUUUGGAUGGGUUCUAUGUAGUCGGGAAAACCUGCAAGAAAUACACCAGAUGAAAAAGCUAGUUCAGGGAAAUACUACAGUAAUUACGUGUCCCUCGAAGAUGAAAAUAGGCUUUGGUUUUUCCUUAACAAUGCAGAAGGGCAUCCAGACAAACAUGAAAAUCGAACCGUGUAGAAGCAAUGUAGCGUCUUGUGGUCUUCCCCCUCAGGUGGGUGAAAAUUCGCAGGGCUUUCUUUGGGUUAACUGUCUGCCUAGUAAUAAGCGGCUACUACUGGAAACGUUGGAGUCCAAAUCGUUUAGCGAAAAGAUGCACUUAAAUGAUAAUGCCCUGGUUAGGUUGGAGUGCUCGCGAGGGAAGUUCAUCAUUGCGGGGUUCGCAGUCGAUUACACUGCGUCGAGCAUAGAUGAUUAUUUGAUAUGCCCCGUGGGAAGUUCCGCCUGCGAGUUGAAGAUUCGCGUUGAGCAG